AUGAUAUAAUGGAUUAAAUAUUUCAGAAAAUUAGAAGAAUUUUUAAACUCUUCACUUUUAUCUCAUUAAGUUCUCUAUAUUGAUCUGAGUUAUAAAUAAAUUGGUAAUGAAAGUGCAUCAGAUUUAGGUUCUGGUUUAGCAAAAUGCAUUAAUCUAUAAAAUUUGACACUUUAUCUUAGUUAAAAUUAAAUUGGUGAUGAAGGUACGUCAGGCUUAGGUUCUGCUUUAGCAAAAUGCAUUAAUCUCUCAAAUUUGACACUUGACCUUUUUUGUAAUUAAAUUGGUGGAAUGGGUGCAUAAGACUUAGGUUCUGCUUUAGUAAAAUGCAUUAGUCUCUCAAAUUUGACACUUAAUCUUAGUUAAAAUUAAAUUGGUACAAUGGGUGCAUCAAGCUUAGGCUCUGCUUUAGCAAAAGGCAUUAAUCUCUCAAAUUUGGCACUUAAUCUUGAUUACAACGAAAUUGGUGAAAUGGGUGCAUUAUGCUUAGGUUCUGCUUUAGCAAAAUGUAUUAAUCUUUCAAAUUUGACACUUGAUCUUUGUGGAAAUUAAAUUUAGGCAAUGGGGGCAUCAGACUUAGGUUCUAAUUUAGCAAAUUGCAUUAAUCUCUCAAAUUUGACACUUAACCUUGAAUUAAACUAGAUAAAUGAAUCAUAAGAAUUCAAAGUAAUAAACAAGUGUCUUAAAUCAAAAAGAUUAGUUAUUUUUGAAAAAAAUUUCUGA